AUGAUGCUUUGGCUGCUGCUAGUUCUCUCCAUUUGGGUGGGAUCUUAUCAAGCUGACUCUGCCCAGUCCGAACGGCGGGUUGUAGCACACAUACCUGGAGACAUCAUCAUUGGAGCGUUGUUCUCCGUCCAUCAUCAGCCUCCUGCUGACAAGGUACAUGAGCGCAAGUGUGGUGCGGUGCGAGAGCAGUAUGGUAUCCAGAGGGUGGAGGCCAUGAUGCACACACUGGACCGCAUCAACGCUGACCCUCACAUCCUUCCCAACAUCUCCCUGGGCUGUGAGAUCCGGGACUCCUGUUGGCACUCGGCUGUGGCUCUGGAGCAGAGCAUCGAAUUCAUACGGGAUUCACUAGUCUCUUCUGAUGACGCAGAGGAGUGGGGUGGAGGAGGCUCCUGGGGAGGGGGAGGAGGGGGAGGAGGGGGAGGAGGAGGAGGAGGAGGAGGAGGAGGAGGAGCGACGAUGAAGUGUGCAGACCCCUCUGCCACUCCAAUGCGGGGGAAGAAACCCAUUGUCGGUUUAAUUGGACCAGGGUCAAGCUCAGUGGCCAUUCAGGUCCAGAACCUUCUACAGCUGUUCAACAUACCACAGAUUGCCUACUCCGCCACCAGUAUGGACCUCAGCGAUAAGAGCCUUUAUAAGUAUUUUAUGCGGGUGGUGCCUUCAGAUGCCCAACAAGCAAGAGCUAUGGUGGACAUUGUCAAGAGAUACAACUGGAGCUACGUGUCUGCUAUACACACUGAAGGCAACUAUGGUGAAAGUGGGAUGGAAGCGUUCAAGGACAUGGCGGCCAAGGAGGGCAUCUGUAUUGCCCACUCUGGCAAAAUCUGGAGCAAUGCUGGAGAGCAGAGCUUUGAUCGGCUGCUGGAGAGACUGAGGGGCCACCUGCCCAAGGCCAGGGUGGUGGCAUGUUUCUGUGAAGGCAUGACUGUCCGCAACAUCCUCAUGGCCAUGAGACGCCAGGCACUGGUAGGAGAGUUCCUACUCAUCGGCAGUGAUGGAUGGGCGGACCGGUAUGAUGUAACAGAUGGCUAUGUUAGGGAAGCUGCGGGUGGUAUUACCAUCAAGCUCCAGUCGGCUGAUGUGAAAUGGUUUGAUGAAUACUACCUUAAACUUCGUCCUGAAAACAACCUCAGGAACCCUUGGUUUCCAGAGUUCUGGCAGCAUCGUUUCCACUGUCGUCUCAAAGGUCACCCACAGGAGAGCAGCAAAUACAACCGCACCUGUAGCAAGAGAGAGUCGCUUCGGCAGCAAUAUGCACAGGACACUAAGAUGGGGUUUGUCAUUAAUGCCAUCUACUCAAUGGCAUAUGGCCUGCAUAACAUGCAACGGGCACUCUGCCCAGGCUAUCAGGGACUGUGUGAUGCCAUGCGACCUAUAGAUGGUGCUACACUGCUGGACUUCUUGAUGAAAACCAACUUCACAGGCGUGUCAGGGGAGGGAAUCUUAUUUGACGUAAACGGAGACUCACCUGGCAGGUAUGAAAUAAUGAACUUCAAAAAGAUGGGGAAGGACUACUACGACUACAUUAAUGUUGGCAGUUGGGACUACAGAGGCUUGAAGAUAGAUGAUGAUGAAAUCUGGCCCAACAGAGAUGGCAUAAUCAAGUCAGUCUGCAGUGAACCCUGUGACAAAGGACAGAUUAAGGUCAUCCGUAAAGGUGAGGUGAGCUGCUGUUGGACGUGCACUCCCUGUAAAGAAAAUGAGUUUGUGUUCGACGAGUACACCUGCCGAGCCUGUGAACUGGGCUCCUGGCCUACUGAUGACCUCACAGGCUGUGACCUAAUCCCAGUGGAGUACCUGCGGUGGGGAGACCCUGAACCCAUUGCUGCUGUGGUCUUUGCCUGCCUCGGUCUAAUGUUCACACUCUUUGUCACUGCAGUCUUCAUCAGGUUCCGGGACACCCCAGUCGUGAAAUCUUCCAGUAGGGAGCUGUGCUACAUAAUACUGGCAGGGAUCUGCCUAGGGUACCUGUGUACCUUCAGCCUCAUAACCAAACCCCAUGUCAUCCACUGCUACCUCCAACGACUAGGAAUAGGCUUGUCACCUGCCAUGAGCUACUCUGCCCUUGUCACCAAGACAAACCGCAUUGCUCGGAUCCUGGCAGGCAGCAAGAAGAAGAUCUGUACAAAGAAACCUCGCUUCAUGUCUGCCUGUGCUCAGCUCAUCAUUGCCUUCGUCCUCAUACUGCUGCAACUGGGCAUCAUUGUGGCUCUCUUCCUCAUGGAGCCACCUGCGGUGAUCAAUGACUACCCUAGCAUCCGCCAAGUCGUCCUCAUUUGCAACACCACUAACCUGGGCGUGGUUGCCCCGCUGGGAUACAAUGGCCUGCUCAUCCUCAGCUGCACCUUCUAUGCCUUCAAGACCCGCAACGUCCCAGCUAAUUUCAAUGAGGCUAAGUACAUUGCCUUUACCAUGUACACCACCUGUAUUAUCUGGCUGGCCUUUGUACCCAUCUACUUUGGCUCCAACUACAAAAUUAUCACCAUGUGCUUCAGUGUCAGCCUCAGUGCCACUGUGGCGCUGUGCUGCAUGUUUGUACCCAAGGUGUACAUCAUUCUAGCCAAACCAGAGCGCAACGUGCGCAGUGCCUUUACCACUAGCACAGUGGUGCGCAUGCACGUGGGCGAUGGCAAAUCAUCCUCAGCCGCCAGCCGUUCUUCUAGUCUGGUUAAUCUGUGGAAACGCAGAGGCUCUACUGGAGAGACACUCAGCUCCAACGGUAAAUCAGUGUCUUGGGCACAGACUGAGCGCAGCGGUUCACGUGGCAACCACCUGUGGCAACGGCUGUCCUUCCACAUCAAGAAGAAGGAGAACAAUCAGACUGCCGUCAUCAAGCCCUUCUCCAAAACCUUGGAGGAGCGUUACUGUGGAGGGGGGGACCUGCCCCCACAUGUCCCUCUGCCCUCCCUCCCCUCCAUGUCCUCCCUGUCCAUUCAUCCUGACUCUGGCACAGACAAGACCCUAUAUGAGCUCUCUGAAGCAGAGGAGCGCUACUCGAUCACAUACCGGCCGCAGACACCCUCACCAAUCAGCACGGUCAGCCAGAGGCUUGGGGCAGGUGUAGGGGAGGAGCCCCCGAUGACUGGUAUUCCAAACUACCCAAGCAGCGUUUGCAGCGGCAGCAGUGGCGGCAGCAGCAGCAGUUGCGGUCCUACCAGCAGCGGCUCACUGGUAGUGGGGAAUGACGGCCGUUUAGUUGUUGUGGACGAUCACCCUGGGAAGGCCCAGAGUUCACUGAUGGAUCAGAUCAGCUGCGUGGUAAACCGCUUCACCGCCAACAUCUCCGAGCUCAACAGCAUGAUGUUGUCAUCCUCUCCAACGCACUCGCACACACACAAACACACGCCUCCUCCUCCUCACCCCGUUGACCCAUAUCUUUUGCCCCGUGAGAUCCCGAUGCCGCCGACCCUCACCACCUACGCUGACGUCCAGCCCCUCCCACCUGUCGAGUCCAGCUUCGGGGGCCGGAGUGGCUGUCUUGCGCACCCUAUUCCUCAUUCACCUUACCCCCUGCCGCCUCCUCACGCCCAGAUCUCCCCCUCGCUCUCCCCCAUGCGAGGAGGCCUGAUCACCUGCCUCACCAACUCCCCUCUGAGGGGGGAGUUGGAAGAGGAGCUUAUUGCUUUGACUCCGCCGUCGCCUUUCCGCGAUUCCUUGGCAUCUAGUAGUAGCUCACCUAUCUCAGAGACGGAUCUGUGUCUUCCCCCAGUCCCAUCCCAUCCUCCCCCCUCUCCCCCUUCACCUAGGUACAGCAGCCUGACACUCAGAAACUACAGCCAGAGUUCAUCCUCACUGUGAGGCAGAGAUGACAAGUAAAGAAAACACAGAAGUGAAGAGGAGCGCUCAUAAACAGCACGGUCAAAAUGAGUGAAGAGUAUGGGAGGAUGGAAAUGCUGAAAUCCAUUCCACCCUACGAGGAGUAAAACCCUGAAGUAAGGAGUCAUGGAGGGCUGGUUGGUGAAGACACCAAGUUGCGACAGUCUGCUGCUGUGUUUGUGUUUACAUGUUUGCAGUGAGAUGCAAGUAUAAGAAGCUUGCCCACGUUGUAUUUUCUUAGUGCAGUUUCUUACGAGUGGGGCGGGAAGAACUGCUAAAAGGGCCACUAUGUUGUUUUGGUGUCUGUUAAAUCAGAAAUCUUUCUCGAAGAUCUAGAGCUACGUAUGAUUUAGGUUUGGGUAGUGGCCUUAACGUAACAUUGGCUAUCAACUAAUUAGAGUGUGUGUGUGUGUGUGUGUGUGUGUGUGUGUGUGUGUGUGUGUGUGUGUGUGUGUGUGUGUGUGUGUGUGUGUGUGUGUGUGUGUGUGUGUGUGUGUGCUGUACCUUAGUAAAUGAGAUGUAAUGGCAACAUGACAGCAAAGAGUAUUGAUGAGGUCAGACUCCUAAAGCCUGUACUGACUAAACAAAGGCUAUCAAAGGGCACAUAUUUAUUUGACACACACACAAAGGCAUGAGCACACACAAAAAUACAAAGGGAAAAACACUGUAAAUACGAGAGAGCUUAUGGAUUUUUUUCUUUGGUGAUAAAAUCCAACAUGCUUCUGAAAAAAGGUGCAUUGUGCUAACUAACAUACCAGACUGUAUGUUACAAUGAAGAACUCAAAGUUAUCUUUUUAUUCAUUCAGCUCUACAAUCUAUUCCCUCUACAUAGCUUUCUUUUCCUCAGUCCCUCUUUCUCUCGCUGCUUUCUUUGAUCCUGCCAGUAUGUCAGUAUUUUCUACUCUUCCAGUUUGUUUUCUUCAGAAGUUUGAAUGUACAUUUUCUACAUGAUUCCUAAAGCAGUUGGGACCAAACCUUUUGUACCUCUCUAUCUGUGAUUCGAGAAAGAGGGAGAGGAGGGAUUGACAAGACCAGGCCUUGUUGUACCAUAAACAUCUUAGUCAUUAAAAUCGUGUUCAGGUGGAUUAUUGGCAAAAAUCUCAAAGCUUAUUGUGUAUUGUGUACAUUUGACAAAGCAUAAUGUAAGGCUCAGCUGGAUCUCACUCAUGAAGUUUCCUCAAAGACAAUGCUUUAAUUCGGAUUAAUCAUUAUCACAAUCAUCUCUUAUGUUAGUGGGCACAGAUUGAUAUAUUCAAGCUGGGAGAACUUUUACCAGGGUCAUCUGUUGAACAGGUAAAAAUAUCUUUAUGAACUUCUCCACUCUUUUCAGACAAAGAGGGGCAGAACAACAAAAGAGGUCCCUAUUGAAUAGACAGACACGAGAGUGGUAUCGAUCUUCUCGUCUCACUCUCAGCAAGAAAGCAAAUCAGUGAAUUGCCAAAAUGUCAAUCUGUUGCUUUGAAAUAAGGCCUCAUGAGACUAAUCCCAAAUGUCAUAAUUCCUGGAUUUGGAAAAAUGUGAGUAAACGCAAUCCAAGUGGUAAUCACAUUGUUUUUCAAAAGGUAUUCGGCAAUAGUAGUAUAUCAUUGCAAUAUCAAUAUGAGAUGUUUAUACAUCUUAAUAUUCUAAUCGUAAAUGUCUGUGUAUAUGGGUAAACAGAACUUGCAAAAGACUGCAAAACUAUUCUAAUCUAAUUUGGCAAUUUAAAUUUUGGGUUGAAAAUGUAUGCCUUUAAAUGGAAUAUAUUGUAUUCACAUGUGCCAACACUUACUAAAAAAGAACUUGUGAUUACCCAGAGUAGUACUGGGAUGUAAAAUGUGCCAAUGAAUGCAUUCACUAAGAUGCUUUUGAGAAAGUGGGCCCUGGCUUUGUGACAGCUUUCUCCACCGAGGAAAACGCGAUACUGUUCGAGGAAUGCAGCAACGACAUGGAUUAGUAUAUCUGACUUAAUUAAAGAUAAUUAGACUUUUGGUAUCACAACAAAUCAAAUCAGUACAUCACUUUAAAAUGUUGCCUGUGUAUUAUUGUCCAUCAUGAUCUCCAUGUUUUCUGCAGCUGACUGAUGCAGAUGCAGUCCAGUGUCUGAUUUCUCCUUGUGAGUGUAGUAUUUGUGCUCUAUAGUAGCCAGCAAGAACAAACUCAGACAAAGGGAUUCUGUAAAUAAUAAGGGCAUGCAAAGACAGUUCUGUUUUGUUUCAGAUGAAAGUAAAUUUAUUACAUAUCAACAAAGGUGAAAAAAUAGAAGAAAAAAAAUGUUUUUGAACUAUGUUAUAACAUCAUACAGUACCAAUAUGUGUUACGACUAAGAAACUGUGUUAUUACUCUGAAUGUGUGAGUGACCAUUGCUAUUCAAAUGUCUUGUAAUUCAACAAUAUAAUAAUAAUUAAUAUGAUUAUUGUGCCAAAGGGGUUAGGGAGGGUCUAGCUUACUAGCUUUGUUUUGGAUAUUUUCUACAUAAAUACUCCACAUUUUCCAGUGUAAAAGCAAUAUUAUCCAUACGUAUAGAAGGUGCACAUCUGAUGGCUUUCUUAAAACAGUCUUUUAGAUUGUUGAUCUUUUUCAACCUCCUGUAAUCUCUGGUUGACAAUUCAGCAAGGAAGAUGGCAGGUAGAUAAGUAGACAUUUUUCUUUAUUUAAUGAGAGUGACACAUUUAGUAAUUUCUAGUAACCAAGAAGGUGUACUUUUCUUAUUUUUUGCAGUGUUAUCUUCUCACCUCCGGGCUUGUAGUUACAACCUUGUAGUUAAUUAAGACGCAAACUUGGUCUGGUGUCGUCAAAGUAGUUGCAGUAUCAUGUCUCUACAACAAGACAAACUUCUUCUUGGGUCCCAAAUGAAAAAAGUGGGUGUGCACAAUCAGCAUCUGAGACUUUUGCUUAUGAGAGGGUUCUAAUGUACACAGAGAAAAGCAUGAAAGGAGAACUGUUGAUCCUAAUUGUUUAUUUAAUUGGUUCCUGUCUCAAAGUGCUGUCUGUGUAUCAUUACCUCUACAUCUACUCAUCUAAUUUUAAUAAUCGAGGCCCUGACCUGUUGUCAGACAAUGAACCAGUGUUGUUGCUGAGAUGUUAUCGGGGAGAGGUUGUUUUGUGUGCUGUUGUCACUGACAGUGUUUAAAACAUGCUGAGAGAGGAACUGGGAGCUUGCUUCAGCACUUCAGCUGCAUGUUCUCAGCCCCCCUGGGUGAGGCUCGACAGUUGUGUGCUACCUCUGCAGAAAAAGAAAAAUGCUUUCAUCUACUGCUGUCUUUUAUUCUCUUUAAGGGCUCGGUUCUGUGACAUCAGAUUAUAUUAAAGGUCCCAUGACUCUUUGGAUGCUUUUAUUUAGGCCUUAGUGGUCCCCUAAUACUG